GAGAACAAUUUUGCCCCGUGAAUACGGGUGCAGCAGUCAGCAUAUGCGUCUGCCUGUUAUUCUCACCAAGGAUUGUAUUGAAUAAGAUGGUCUUCUACAACCAGUCAUAAAAUUAAAUAAAAACUUUUUUUUUUUAAUCAAGUUAAUAUACUUUUUGUUUCGUCAAUUUUACUGUUAAAUUGAUGUGAUCACUACUAUUUUUUUUAUCUUUUUUAUGUUAUGUUACAUUUAAUAUAAGAGAUACAUUUUUAUUUUGUGUAGUCUGAAAACGUUAAAGAAUUAUUAUAAUAAUACAAUACAAAGUGCUGUGUAGGAGUUGGCGCGAGAAGUAAAAAACCAAAAUCAAUUGUAAUUUUUUGUGUGAAAAUUUUUCGCACGUGAGUUUUCCGACAUAAUAUAUAUUACAACUCAUAUUUUCGUCUGUUAAAUAUAAAAUAUACGAACAGAAAAAUACAUGUUUGUAUCAAUAAUAAUUUAAUUAAUUAGUGUCUCGAGUUAAGUUCAGAGAAAAAGAAGCAGUUUAAAAUACACCAAGUGAUCCAAAUCUGUGAUUUACAAUAAAUUGUAUAGCAAAAUCAAAAAAAGGAAGCUAUUCUCGUUAAAUAAAUUUUUCUUGCUCAAGGGUGGAGCAAAACGGCCUCAAACUGUGGGGCUCUGGGGCGUUCUUUCUUCCUCCACAAGGGAUGUACUAUCCUCACGUGGUGCAGGCAAAUAUGGCUGCGCCUUACGCUGGGGGUGUAUUUCCAUCUCCAGUGAAUGGAGUGACGGGAGUUGUGGGAACAGCUACUGGAACUAGCGAAGUAAAAACUCUACCGCCGGCACCGGUUAAGGAAGACACACCUGGGACACAGCAGUCACCGACAGCUCCCGGUGGGCCUCAAUUGCAGAAUACACUUAGUAUGUCACAAACUGCUGCUGCUGCUGCUGCUGGAGCAUCAGCAGCUACAAACUUUAGUCCACCUCCACCGUCAAAUGCUGUUGAUCAGCAAGCAAUUUCUGAGGUAUUUCAAGCAGCAGUGGCGGCGGCAGCAGCAGCAGCCAAUGGUACUUCUCAACAAACAGCAGCAGUAUCAGUUAGUGUAAACGAAACAAGUACGGAUGGUAGCGUUGAAGGUAAUCCACUAGCACCCGUUACAUCGGGAACAACGACACCGUCAACAGUGGCACAAGGGACUGAUCUCAAAGGUCAACCAAAGCGAUUGCACGUCAGUAAUAUACCGUUUCGCUUUCGAGACCCUGAUCUCAGGGCAAUGUUCGGGCAAUAUGGCCCAAUCCUUGAUGUUGAAAUUAUCUUUAACGAACGUGGCAGUAAGGGAUUCGGUUUUGUAACAUUCGCGAAUAGUGCCCAUGCGGACCAGGCACGUGAGAGGCUACACGGCACCGUGGUUGAGGGCAGAAAGAUUGAGGUUAACAACGCAACAGCAAGAGUUCAGACAAAAAAGCCACCGACAGUUCCAAACGUGUGCGUCCAGUGGCCAGAGGUUGCUGCAUUGAGAGGUGUUGCUAUUCAACGAGGAAGAGUUGGAGCUGCAGCCAGAGCUACUUUUCCUCCAGGAGCAGCUGCUUUGACUCUUGCUCGUAAUCCAGGACCACUUGCAGCAGCCGCUGCUGCGACUGCCCUUCACCCUUUUGCGCCUACUGUCUACUAUGAUCCGUUCUUAGCAGCACAUGCAGCGUCACAAGAUCCUAAUUACAGACUACAGGCAGCAGCAGCAGCAGCGGCAGCAGCGGCAGCAUCUUCACCACUUCUAAAGACACCACUAUCAACUGCCCAACAAGCAAAUUAUGCAGCAGCAGCUACGUAUACAGCAGUUGCAGCAAGAGCUUAUGGUGCAGCAGCAGCAGCAGCAGCACAACCACAAGUCGCUGGCUAUGCAGCAGUAGCUGGGUAUGGUCGUGAGUAUGCUGAUCCUUACCUUGGACAUAGUAUUGGACCAAUGACAAAUUAUGGGGCAACUGUGUAUAGGGGUAGUUACAACAGGUUCACACCUUAUUAAAAACCAAUUAAAAAUGAUUUGGAUUCAUCGAUUAUGAUAGCAACAACUAAAAGUAUAAUCUUCAUUAUUCAUGCUAUCAAAUUUGCUUUAAAAAAAUAUGCGCCCAAACUGAAUAGAAAAACAUAAUAUUAAUAAUUAUAUUAAGCGAAGAAAAAAAAACUUACUCAGCAACAUUUCAUGACACUCAAAUAAAGGAACUCUUCAAGCUUCACGUUUGAAGACUAUACUUUACGUGAAUCGAUGAAUUUCCAAAGAGAAAAAUUAAUAAAGAAGUAAAAAAAAUAAGUCGUGCCAUAGAUAUAACAAAGCAUCACUUUUGAAAAUGAAAUAAACAAGUUCGCUUGAUUAACUUUAUUGUAAUGUUCAAUUGAAUGAAAAAAAUAGGAACUGGUUUUAAAAAUCAAUGGCAUUUUUAGGUUCAGAAAGAUAAUCAUAAUAAUGUAAAAAUGUACGUUUGUAUUGUAAGAUUCUGUAGAUGCGCAACAAAUUGAAAACAAAAAAAAAAGGAUAUUUACUAGAAAUAAUAGAUAUAUAGUUGUUUUCACAUUGGGAUCACCUGACAAAUUGUAAUAUAGUAGUUGUAUAUCAAGUAUAGCAAUGAUAUUCACAUUUAAAUCGUUGAAAAAUGACUUUUUUCUCUACUAAAAGCAUAUGUGUUUUUAUAAAAAAUGAGUUAUCAAUAGGCCCAUUGAAUUAUCAUUGAAAAACCUAAAGAUCAGUCAAAAAAAGUAAAUAAAUAAUUAAAUAACCAAUAAAAAUAUAUAGUUCAAUGAUUCAGGCAUUUUGAGAAAGUUUAGUGCGUUUUUAUGCCAAAUAUGUGUAGGUCAUUUCCAAACCACACGUCUAGACGACCAAUAAACAUACUCAGUACACCAAUUUUUAACGAAAAUUAAAGAAAAAAAAAAAAAAAAAAUAAUAAAACCUAAAAUU